AUGCUAAAGAGACCCAGAACGAUAACGGCAGCGGCAAAAAAGCAUGAAAAGCCAAAGCUCAAGCCUCAGAAAGCCCGCAAAAUUAUACGGCGGUUCCAUGUUUUGCAAAAGAACAAAGCGGCUAUUCUAAGAAUCCUUCAUCUUCCCGAAUCAAACUAUAAAGGUAACCUAGGGAAGGCAUACACUGAGCAGUAUGAGCAAUUCAAACUCACGAAGAAAGCAGAAUUGUUCCGCUUUGACGACUCAACCUCAAGUGAUGAGCUUGGUGGAAUUCUCGGCCGCAUAGAUAAGGAAAUUGAGCUCCGUGGAGGGCUUCACAUCUACCAGAUGGCUUCAACCAUGGGCCAGGCAUCUGAGCGUGGAGGAGAUUCAUCCAAAAAGCUUGUGGAGUGGUACAAAGAGCUAGGACGAAAAGCUACAAGGAGCCUUGAGAUCGGGUGUCUCUGUCCAACAAAUAAUAUAUCUACUAGUGGAUUGUUUGGGGAUGUCAUUCGUAUAGACUUGAACUCGCAGAGCCCCAAAAUUUUGCAGCAGGAUUUCAUGGAAAGGCCGAUUCCACGAAGUGAUGAGGAGAAAUUCAAUGUGAUCUCGUGCUCUUUGGUAUUGAACUUUGUACCCACAGCAGAGCAGCGAGGACAGAUGCUACGUAGAUUUACAGAGUUUCUCCUUCCUCCCACAUCUGGAAAUCAUUCGAGUGUCUUCAUGGUGUUGCCUUUACCAUGUGUCGCAAAUUCUCGGUAUAUGAGCCGACAGUUGUUCUUGCAGAUCAUGGGCCAAUUGGGUUUCUCAGUGGUGAAGUCCCACGAGGCUAACAAGGUGGCAUACUGGUUAUUUGACUGGUCGGGGAAGGUUAAUGAGCGAAUCCCCAAGAUGAAGAAGAAAGAGAUUCUCACCGGUGCUUCGAGGAACAACUUCUAUAUUAGCCUUUAG